GACAUCAAGCAGCAGGAAAGAGUGAUUUUCUAAACUGAGGCGGUGAUGUUUCGUAGGUGAAACAACCGCGAACGAGUGACAGGACUUGGGGCUUUGUAUUGAGUAAAAAAAACACCCUUGUCGACGGUGUGUAGACUUUGACUGAGUCGGUCCUCGUUCAUUCGGGAAACAUUCAGGUACGACAGUUGAGGAGGCUGAGGUUCUGGACCCGAGGACGAGCAGCAGCAGCAGCAGCGACAGCAGCUAAGUCACAGCUGCGGUGUCGAGAGGGAAAUCAACACUCACACUAGCAUCGCUAAGAAACGAGACAGACACCGAACAAUCGGGGGAAAAUUUGACUGAGGAUCUACUUGACCGUCUUUGUUGGCGUCGAGAAGAACACAAGUUAGUUGUCGGUGCAAAAUCCGGAACCUGUUAUUGGACCACGUCGACGUUGUCACUGUAAAAACAAGAGGAAUAAACAUAAAACAAGCGUCCAGUCGCCGUCCAGGUAAUUUUUUUGAGGAUGAAUCACUUAUCGCUCAGUGAGCUAUGCUGCCUGUUCUGCUGUCCACCAUGUCCGAGUAAGAUUGCCUCCAAGCUGGCCUUCCUGCCCCCAGAGCCCACCUACAGCCUCAUGUGCGAUGACAGCGGCAGCCGGUGGACGCUGCACCUCUCGGAGCGAGCCGACUGGCAGUACUCGGCCCGGGAGAAGGAGGCCAUCGAGUGUUUUAUGACGCGCACUUCAAGAGGGAACCGCAUUGCCUGCAUGUUUGUCCGCUGCUCACCCAGUGCCCGUUACACGUUACUGUUCUCCCACGGAAACGCAGUGGACUUGGGUCAGAUGAGCAGCUUCUACAUUGGCCUGGGGUCACGGAUCAACUGCAACGUCUUCUCGUACGACUACUCGGGCUAUGGCGCCAGUUCCGGGAAACCCUCGGAGAAGAACCUAUACGCUGAUGUCGACGCAGCCUGGCAGGCCCUUCGGUCAAGAUACGGCAUCCGGCCGGAGAGCGUGAUCGUGUACGGCCAGAGCAUUGGCACCGUGCCGUCUGUGGACCUGGCGUCUCGCUACGAGAGCGCCGCCGUCGUCCUCCACUCCCCACUCACCUCAGGCAUGAGAGUCGCCUUCCCCGACACCAAGAAGACCUACUGCUUUGACGCCUUCCCAAACAUCGACAAGAUUUCCAAGGUGACGUCACCUGUGCUGGUAAUCCACGGUACGGAGGACGAGGUCAUCGACUUCUCUCACGGCCUGGCGCUGUACGAACGCUGCCAGCGCCCGGUGGAGCCGCUCUGGGUGGAGGGGGCCGGACACAACGACGUCGAGCUCUACGGACAGUACCUGGAGAGACUCAAACAGUUUGUUGCACAUGAGCUCGUCAACUUGUAGAGGGGGAGCGAGACACGGAGACGAGGAAGGAGAAGGAGAGAAGGAUGUUGGUUUCAGGGGUGGUCUUUUUGUCGUGAAGUGAUGCAGGUAGAGGUGUUGUCUGUGUGUGUGUAUUACUGACUUUUUUUUACGGUGGCUAGCGUCUCUUUGUCAAACACUUCUCCUCCUGGAGGCUCCAGCUGGGCCGGCCCAAGGUCCUGAUGGUACCGUCCACUCCUCCAGCUGCAGCUGUGAACUCACAACUACCCAUGACUGUUUUUUUUUGU